UGUCUACAGUCACCAACAAACAAGAAGGCUUGAUCUGCGACAUUUGUGUUCGGUGGUUUCACCGAAAAUGUUUCAAUGGAACUACAGUAGGAAUGUCCAGGCCGCAAUACAGAUUACUGAAAAGUCGAGACGUCACUUUUGACUGGAAAUGCCUAGACUGCUACACAAAGGCCGAAGAUCAUCAACAACAACAGCGGAAUGAUUCCACGAUAUAUCUGGCCCCGCCGACGACCAUUCCACGACUCGUUGAUUAGUCCGACUCUGAAUGCUCUGAGAUUAGCCCAAUACCUAUGACUGAGGAAAUUUUUACAUUUCCCGUCGGAUGUUCAGGGGUGGUGGAGUCAUCCAUAGAGGCUUCUGUUCUUAGGGACAUAUCCAGCGAAAAUGCCGAGACGACCUUCGUAGUGGAAGGGGACCUGAGUCAAAGAAAACACCCCAAGCUGUAUGAGAGGCACGGUUACUCCUAUACGGUUCUUCGCACUAAUAUCAAUGGAAGUGUUACCUGGCGGUGUUCGGUGCGGAGGAAAGGAAAUAUAUGCCCGGCCAAGGUAUACCAAACAGAGGAUGAUUUUAGUAGAAAUGGUUUGGAUCAUACCCACGAACCUAGACCAAACGAACGGCCCCGCGUCCUUCUCAACAGGGCAGUUUUGAAGCGCGGGUUGGAAAAUCCGUACUCGGCAUGUGGAAUCAUUACGAAAGCGGCAAGGAGAGACAUGACCAACCCGCCUUCUAUAAGAUUCACUAAUGUACUCGUGUGAAGAAAUUUGUCAUGGACUUUGAAGCAGCAACAUGGCAAGCACUGUCUCUGGUAUGGCCGGAUGUGAGAAGACAGGGAUGUGCAUUCCAUUUCACUCAGGCCAUCAUGAAGAACAUGCG